UUGAAAGAAAACCCACAAUCCAGUGCCAAGAAAGAAGUCAACUUUUCUUCCCCUAUUUCCCUGCAUUUCUCUUCUGUCCUCACUGCCACACGCAGCUCAGCCUGGAUAGCACAGUGAGAUGUGAGAUGUGUCUCUGCUGAUCUGAGUCUGCCUGCAGCAUGGACCUGCGUCUUCCCUGAAGCAUCUCCAGGGCUGGAGGGAUGACUGCCAUGCACCAAGGGCUCAUCCAUCCGCAGAGCAGGGCAGUGGGAGGAGACGCCAUGACCCCCAUCCUCAUUGUCCUGAUCUGUCUCGGGCUGAGUCUGGGCCCCAGGACCCACGUGCAGGCAGGAAUCCUCCCCAAGCCCACACUCUGGGCUGAGCCAGACCGUGUGAUCACCCAGGGGAGUCCCGUGACCCUCAGGUGUCAGGGAAACCUUGAAGCCCUGGAGUACCAUCUAUAUAGGGAGAAAAAAUCAGCAUCCUGGAUUACAUUGACACGACCAGAGCUUGCGAAGAAGGGCCAGUUCCCCAUCCCAUCCAUCACCUGGGAAGACGCAGGGCGGUAUCGCUGUCAGUAUUACAGCCACAGUUGGUGGUCAGAGCCCAGUGACCCCCUGGAGCUGGUGGUGACAGGAGCCUACAGCAAACCCACCCUCUCAGCCCUGCCCAGCCCUGUGGUGACCUCAGGAGGAAGCGUGACCCUCCAGUGUGACUCAUGGGUGGCAUUUGUUGGCUUCAUUCUGUGUAAGGAAGGAGAAGAUGAUCACCCACAAUGCCUGAACUCCCAGCCCAAUGCCUAUGGGUCAUUCCAGGCCGUCUUCUCUGUGGGCCCCGUGAGCCCGAGUCGCAGGUGGUCGUACCGGUGCUAUGGUUAUGACUCACGCUCUCCCUACGUGUGGUCUUUACCCAGCGAUCUCCUGGAGCUCCUGGUCCCAGGUGAUUCUAAGAAGCCAUCACUCUCAGUGCAGCCGGGUCCUGUCGUGGCCCCUGGGGAGAAGCUGACCCUCCAGUGUGGCUCUGAUGCCGGCUACAACAGAUUUGCUCUGUACAAGGAGUGGGGACGUGACUUCCUCCAGCGCCCUGGUCGGCAGCCCCAGGCUGGGCUCUCCCAGGCCAACUUCACCCUGGACCCUGUGAGCAGCUCCCACGGGGGCCAGUACAGAUGCUACGGUGCACACAACCUCUCCUCCGAGUGGUCGGCCCCCAGUGACCCCCUGGACAUCCUGAUCGCAGGACAGAUCCGUGUCAGACCCUUCCUCUCAGUGCAGCCGGGCCCCACGGUGGCCUCAGGACAGAACGUGACCCUGCUGUGUCAGUCACAGGGAUGGAUGGACACUUUCUUUCUGACCAAGGAGGGAGCAGCUGAUGCCCCCCUGCGUCUGAAAUCAAAGCGCCAGUCUCAUAUGUACCAGGCUGAAUUCCCCAUGAGUCCUGUGACCUCAGCCCAUGCGGGGACGUACAGGUGCUACGUCUCAUUCAGCUCCAACCCCUACCUGCUGACUCACCCCAGUGAGCCCCUGGAGCUCGAGGUCUCAGGACCCUCCGGGAGUCCCAGCCCCUCACCCACUGGUCCCACCCCCACACCUGCAGGCCCUAAGGACCAGCCCCUCAACCCCACGGAGUCGGACCCCCAGAGUGGUCUGGGAAGGCACCUGGGGGUUGUGACCGGCGUCUUGGUGGCCUUCGUCCUGCUGCUCUUCCUCCUCCUCCUCCUCUUCCUCGUCCUCCGACAUCGACGUCAGGGCAAACGCUGGACAACGGCCCAGAGAAAGGCUGGUUUCCAACAUCCUGCAGGGGCUGUGGAGCCAGAGCCCAGAGACAGAGGCCUUCACAGGAGGUCCAGCCCAGCUGCCGACACCCAGGAAGAAAACCUCUAUGCUGCCGUGAAGGACACACAGCCUGAGGACGGGGCGGAGCUGGACAGUCGGCAGAGCCCACACGAUGAAGACCCCCAGGCAGUGACAUAUGCCCAGGUGAAACACUCCACACCUAGGAGAGAAAUGGCCUCUCCUCCCUCCCCACUGUCCGAGGAAUUCCUGGACACAAAGGACACACAGGCGGAAGAGGACAGGCAGAUGGACACUGAGGCUGCUGCAUCUGAAGACCCCCAGGAUGUGACCUACGCCCAGCUGCAGAGCUUGACCCUCAGACGGGAGGCAACUGAGCCUCCUCCACCCCAGAAAUGGGAACCUCCAGCUGAGCCCAGCGUCUACGCCACCCUGGCCAUCCACUAACCCGGAGGGGACCCAGACCCCACACUCAGCAGAAGGAGACUCGGGACUGCUGAAGGCACCGGAGCUGCCCCCAGUGGACACCAAUGAACCCCAGUCAGCCUGGACCUCUGGGAACUUUAGGAAUCGCUUGAUUCUGCAGUCUAAAUAACUAAUAUCCCUACAUUUUUUAAAUUAAAGCAACAGACUUCUCAAUAAUCAAUGAGUGAACUGAGAAAACUAAAAUCAGAAGUAAGAAUGUGCUUGAAACUGAAUCACAAUAUAGAUAUUACACACCACACAAUGAAAUGGAAAAACUGCAAACCACAAAAAAAAAAAAACACUAGGAAAUGAAUGACGUUGGCUUUCGCAUCAGGAAUUUAGAAAGGGAAUAACAAAUUAUCCCAAAUGAAGGUGUGAGAAAGGGAACAAUAAGAAAAAGCAGAGUUGCUCAUGAGGAAAAACCAAAACCUGAAAAUUCAACAGAGCCAGUGAAGCUCAUUCUUGAAAAUAUUAAUUACACUCAUAAAUCCUAACUACAUUGAGCAAGAAAAAGAAAGGGCAGGCACGCAUUUCCACGUGGGCGUGAAGAAGCAGACAGCCCGGCAGACCCUACACACAUUUUCAAAACCUAACCUCAGAACAGGCGGCAAACCUAUGCCAAUAUACUAGAAAAUGCAGAUUAAAUGGAUGAAAUAUUCCAAA